AUGCCGGACGACAUCGCCCCGCCUGUUCCCAGCUGCAGCAUGCGGCUGGCCAACUCGGCCUAUCUCUCACCCUAUUCGCACGCCGGCUCUCCGAAGUCACACCCCAACACUGACCCGUACGCAGCACUCCGCGGCCGCGCCCUUUCUACCCUCGAGGCUAUGGGUUACGACCCUAAGACCAUGGCUGAGCGCGGCGUCGUGUGGGCCGAACACCAAGACCCAUUCGGGCAUGUAAUGCAUUCGCAGUACUUGCACUUCCUACGUGCCUGCUUCCACCAAUUUAUGGAAGGCUACGACGAGUGGCUCAGCGAGAAGGAAUACGACGGCAUGAUACGCGCUAGGAUGUGA